AUUUUCUUUUUUUAAUGGAGUUUUUCAACUCAGCUCUUGGGAAAAACAUCACUUUUGUGCGUCCUGCAUAUUUCAUAAUAAGUGGUUUAUCUGGCUUGCCAAAUAUUAACCAUUACUAUGUCUUUCUGUUUUUUGUUUUUAUUGUUUCAGUGCUGGGAAACACAGUUGUAAUGGCUGUAAUAUACUUGGAUCAUAAUCUGAGAACUCCUAAAUAUGUUGCUGUUUUUAAUUUAGCAUUUGUGGACCUGUGUGGUAGUUCUGCUCUGGUGCCAAAGAUUCUUGACAUCUUUCUGUUGAAUCAUCCAUACAUCUCCUACAACGACUGCUUGACAUUCUUUUUUUUCUGCUACACCUUCCUUUCUAUGCAGUCAUUUAAUCUGGUUGCACUCUCCUAUGACAGACUGAUAGCUAUCAUCUUCCCACUGCACUAUCAAGUGAAGGUGACCCACAGGUUUAUGCUGUUGUUGAUUGCCUCAUUCUGGGUCUUUAUUUUAGUUGCUAAUCUUAUUGCAGUUGGCCUUCUUACAAGACUUUCCUUCUGUAAUUCUGUGGUUAUUAACAGCUAUUUCUGUGAUCAUGGCCAGAUAUACAGGCUUGCAUGCAACGACCAUUUCCCCAAUAUGUUGUUAGUUAUUGGAGUGAUUCGAUUUUUCUUGGCACAGCUACCAAAGAUCGCAGGUUGCCCACGUCACAUCUACAUCCAAGCUCAGUUGAGGCUGCGCAGUAACCUCAGGCAGGUUUCAGAGCAUUGCAAGGUCAAGGUCAAGGUAACUUUAUUAUCCCCAAGGGCAAUUUUGCAGACGGGCACGUUGCAAGUAGCUACAAGUUUCAACUCGUCUCACCGCAAAUCUUUGGUCUGGACUGGGGUUUUCGCCUCUGAGAAGUUUUGA